AAGGCGCAUAAUAUGCAUGCAGCUACCUAAUAAAAGAAUUAAAACGAACCAAAACAAAAAACAAAACAAAAACAAAAAACUAAACGAUUGGGUUAUCCGGGAAUUAAUCUGAGUCGGUUUUAAUUUUUAGAUUUGGAAGACACCGGAAAGUGUUGCGUCGUCUGCAUUUGCGUUGUCAAUAUCAAGUUUAAUUCAUUAUGCCAAGAGUAGGUAAAAAAGACAAAGGUGGGCACAUGCGAGAGGAAAUAUCUGCAAAACAUAAACUGAAUUUAGACAACGACGAACCAGGAACAGAUAAUAGCCCUAAUAGCAGUCCUCUGAGAGAGGAAACUCCACUGGUUCCAAGACAAGGUAGAAAGAGAGAAAAUGAAGAGAACGGUGAUGAAUUUUCAUCAGAAAUGCAGAAGAUGCUAGAAUGUUUUGGAGCUGAUAUUUCAAAAACACUGGUAAGCAAAAGAAAGCGCCUUGAACAAUAUACUCAGAAUUCACUGAAGUGUAGCACCAAAAAGGUGGAGGACAUUUGGAAGAUGCAGCAGGCAGAAAGGCAGAAAUUGCAGGAUGAAUAUGUUAGACAAGUUGGCACAGUGUUUCAGCAGUGGGAGUCUGAUCUUGAGAAAUCCAAAGAACAGGAGGAAAAACUCAAUCAAAUGUUCAAACAGCAGCAGAAAAUGUUCCAGCAGGCUAGAGUUGUGCAAAGCCAAAGACUGAAGACAAUAAAACAACUGCAUGAUCAGUUCAGCAAGGGUAUCGAUGAGUUGGAAAAGUGUCACCAGAACCAGCAAUCAUCUGUCCAGUCAGAGCUGAAGAAAGAAAUGUCUCUUCUACAGAAAAAAAUUCUCAUGGACACUCAACAGCAGGAGAUGGCCAAUGUGAGGAAAUCACUACAAACAAUGCUGUUCUAGAAUCUUAUGUUGCAAAAUACUUUCAGUUAAGGGCACAUGUGACGUUUUUCAGUAAUAUAUAAUUUUUCGUGACAUAUCAGGUACAAUCUACUUGCAUCCAGUAUUUUGUUUCUACAAAAUAAUCUUUGAUGUGCAUUUUUCUAGGUUUGUUUCAGAGUUAGCCUAUUUUGAUAAUUCCUGGUUAUUUCUAGUAAAAAUGUAAAGUCAGCCCUCAUGUAUUACUGCUUACAGAAGAUUGUAUAAUCAUAUGAACAUUUAUACUUUAUAGUUAUUUUAGCAAAGGGGAGAAAAAUCUUUGGAUCAACCAGAGAUUGAACACGGGAACCUUGCAUUAAUAGUUAGGUGAUCUAACCACCGAGUUAAUCAUGUUUAUGCAUAUGAAGUAGAGUAAUAUUACUACAAUACAAAACCUAUUUAGGAAAUAAAUGCAGGAACUCGUGUUGGAAUGAAAAAAGUUAUUAAAAACAUGGCAGAAACGUUGCAUGUGACCUAGCUUAAUUAAAACUAUUGAAUUGUUAAAUCAUGAUGUUCCUCUGUUUAAGUUAUAAAAGUUAUAUAAAAUGUGAAUUGAAAUGUAUAUGGAAUAAAAUGGAUUUGAAAUUUA